CCGGCCACACAGGGAAGGCAGGCUGGUGCUGCGGGGCCCUGGGAGUCGCGGCAGUGCCUGCAGGGGGUGGAGACAAGGCAGCGGGCCCACCAUUAACACCAUGCUCCUGGGGAUCCUCGUGGUGCUCUUCUUCAUCUCCACUGCUGAUGUAACAGAAAACAAGAUUUUAGUGGCUCAGCAUCCUUUGCUCGUUGUAAGUAACCAAACUGCAACUCUAGUUUGCAACUACACAUACAAUGGGACAGGGAAGGAAUUUCGAGCUUCGCUACACAAAGGAACGGACAGUUCAGUUGAAGUUUGCUUUAUUUCAUGGAACGUAACCAAUAUUAGGAGCAAUUCGACUAAAGAAUUCAACUGCCAGGGGGAUCAUGAUAAAGACAAAGUCAUCUUCAAUCUUUGGAACAUGAAUGCCAACCAAACUGACAUCUACUUCUGCAAAAUUGAGGUCAUGUAUCCACCCCCAUACGUCUACAAUGAGAAGAGCAAUGGGACUGUCAUUCAUGUGAAAGAGACACCCAUCCAAAUACAAGAGCCUCAGUCUACAAUUCCUUUGUGGAUUCUGGCAACAGUGACUGGAAUUCUUGCACUCUACAGUAUGCUAAUAACAGCAGGUUUUUUUAACUAUUGGUACAGGAUGACAGUGUUUCUUCAUCCCAGCUAUGUAUGCACACCCAUGGUGUACCCCAACAGAGCUGAAACACCAGAUGCUCUCCAGCAGAAAUCCAAGAAGCGUCUGUACCACCAGAGUGACUACAUGAACAUGACUCCCCGGCACCCUCCGUACAAGAACAAGGGUUACCCAUCCUAUGCACCAACGCGGGACUACACCGCCUAUCGCUCCUGGCAGCCCUGAUCCCACAGGAGCCUCGUGUGCUUCCGGGCAGACACGUGCUCUGGGGCAUGGAAGGAAGGACAGCCUCUCACCUUCUCAUCCUCUUUGUUGCUGUUGAUUACAGACACCUACACCUAGCAAGUGUUAACUAAACUUUGAUCAUUAAAAGAAAAUCCAGACCAACAAACCAAUAUAAAAAGGGGGGGCGGAAAGGGGGAAGUAAAAAAAAGAAUUUUUCUCCAUGAUGGCUGAAAAUGAGGCCCAGCUUGUGUUGAGGGUUGUCAGUGGAUAAGAUGGAAAGAUGGCAUCAGACCUCAGAGCUGGUUUCUUCCUAACAGUUGUGGUUUUGCUCAACUGUUGGAAGAAGCAGAACUUCUGAUCUUUUCCAAUUACUACUACCACCUUAGAUUUAAUCCUUAAUUUCCUUCCCUGUAUUUUUACUGUUAAACCUAGCAAAAUGUAAAAAAUAAUAUUUUUUCUCUGUAACACGAAGUCACAGUUUGAAGUUCAAAACACAUGCUUAAAAGAAAAAGGUCAGUCAGAAGGCAUCCAAGCUAUUACGCUAUGGAGCAAAUGAUCUGCCAGGACAAAUCAAGCUAAUAGAAAACUAGUAAACCUUCAACAUAUGAGUCCUUAGGCUGGACACCUUGUAAAUGUUCAUAAGGCCAUCUGCAGUCAUGACCAAGCAACUCCACAGACCGAAAGAGCGAGCAACCUGAAGACAAAAUCAAGACAAGUGGGAGAGGAAGAAAGAUGUCUUCAUCAUGAACAACCCCAUUUCUUUUUUGUUUGCCUUCUGCAUCAAGGGAAUGCAAAGUCAUAUAUGAAGCAUUAGAAACAGAGAGCUCAGAUUUUGAGAAGAUUUUUACUUUAUUUUUUAAUUUGAGAUUUCAGAAGGUAUUCUCCUGAGUCCUCCUGAAAAUUCCUGCACAUCUUCUGGCACCUAGGUUGUACCAGAGCUCUUCCAAAAAUCUGGGACAAGUUAUGAGUAACUAAAGACCACUUAAAUUUUUUUCCUGUAAGUAUCUGGUUUUUGGGGUGUGAGAGGACUCUUCAUUCUCAGCAUUGUAAAUUGGACAUGCAAGUUCUCAGACAUCUUCAGGAUCGGCUCUGGGCACUUUGAGGAACUUUGUGUUACCUGGAAGUUGCUUUUCUCUCUAAAGAUGUUCUUCAGGGCUGCUCCAUGCCAGAGCAGGACAAAGUCAUUAGCAAAACAUGAUCCAUUCUUUCAAUCUAGUAUAUUUACAAUAACAGGACAUCCUAAAUUGUAAAUGGGGUUGCCUUGGCAUAAAAUCCCUUUUCAUACUGAGGAGACAAUGUUUAUUUUAUAAAGACUGCUGAAUAAACAAUUUUAAAAAACCACA